AUGUACGCGAAAGAAUGCAGUGGCUUAGUUUUGCUACGAGAGCGUCCUUCUAUUAUCAACUCAUCCCUUGCCCGCUUGGUUGCUGCCUUUUUUGCGGCCCUUUUUUCAGCUCUUUGGUCAAUCUUUGAAGACGAAGUAGAUGGCUCAGGGGGUGGAGGUAAAGAAGCAGGUGACAAGCAGACAGAUGCAGACAGGCGAGGAGAUGGAGAGGGAGAGGGAGAGGGGCGGGGAGAUGGAGAGGGAGAGGGGUGGGGAGAUUGGACAGAAUCCGUACCAGGCACAGAGAAACUCUCAUUCUACGAUGGGGCAGCGGAGGCCAAUGACAAGCGAGGUUUAAAAAUAUGGCAUGUCAGUCAUAAUCUUGCCUGUCAUCUAGCCCUGUCUAAGAAGGAGGUCGAAUUCAAUAUGUAUAUAAAGGACCCCUAA